AUGGUGACGGAGGCCACCGACGAGGUCUUGGGCGACUUUGCAGCGGCCGAGACUGCGGAGGAAGCAAAGGAGGUCUUAGCCCAGGCAGGCGCCAGCCUCCAACACUUUGGCGCCGUCUCUGCUGUGGUGCCAGACUACAAAAUCGCACGACGGCACAGGGGCCGAAAGGCAGCACACGACCUCUUAGACAUCACACUGGAGGAAGAGGUUGCGGGCGGCGAGGGCCAGUACCUCUACGAGCCAUCGCCGGAGUCUCCAGCGGGCCAGGAGCUCCAGAUGGACAGCUGGAGAACUGCGGACCCCAACUUUGAGAGGGUUGUCUACGUACCCUUUGUGCCGGACACAAUUGCUAGGGUCGAUGCAGACAGAGCGGGAAACACUGUUUACUUUACGCUGCCCUCCGACUACGUUGAGAAGACGGCCUUCACCUGCCGAAAGCGCAUUGUUGACGAGCGCGGCCUGCUGGUCAUCCCCCGCGGACCCUUCGUCAAGGCGCUGCUUCCUCCGGAGGGCAAGUCCCAUGCCCUCCGCCGCCGCGAUGGAAAGCCCCGACCACUGCAUGGCACGGCCCCAGCAGCACCGGCAGACAUGCCCCAGCCGGCAGGACAGGUCUUCCCGGAAACAAGCCCGGGUGUACCGGAGCCCCCAGUCUACAGGCCUUUUGGUGGCUUAGACCGUCUUGACAGCGCCAAAAACCGCUUCAAGAGAUACUUCAAGGAGUCCAACCGCUUUGCGCCCCUGGACCUCAGAGACCGGGCCGAGGGCGAAAGCAGUGAAGGAGGAGAAGAAGGCGAAGCAGCAGACGCCAACGAUAGUGGCAGAGAAGGCACGGACAUGGACGCCUGA